AUGAUCGGUGCAACCUUUGAUGAAGUUUUGUUUUCCGUCAAAUUGUAUUAUAUUAGAACAAUAAAGUGAAAUACAAGGUCUAAUAUAUAAACAUGAGAAAAAGGAAGAUACUCACAGUAACUAAAUCCCAUAAGAAGAGAAACUAAAGCCCACCCACAGGACACAUAAAGCAACAAAACAAGUUGAAAUUCACCCCAAGUUACUAAAAGUUUAAGAAAGAGGAAAGAGGAAAUAUUAGCCAUGAAACUUAGAACCACCAGAAGCUUAUAAGGAGACAACCAGAUGCAACGAGGAUGGGCCUCCAAUGAGGACAGACCACCAACACCUGAAAUUCUUGAAAACCAAGCAAAAUAAAAGAAACAGGCCCAUCCGCCAGACCACACAACAUAGUGAGGAACAACACACUUCAAUUCAGAACUUUUCACCGGAGCGAAGAAAAUAGCAAACCAAUGAUCCUCGGGACACUUCACCGUUGCAGAAAAAAGCCCAAAGAUACAUACAACUCCAUACCAAACCAGAACCAAUAUAGAGAAAACCACAAUCUUGAAUGCACCAACUGAAGAACCAACACAAGCGACAGAAAACCAAUCUCGGAAUAUAGGCACCUGAAAGCGCACAUAGAAACACCCAGUCGACACAACGACUCACCUUUGUGAGGUUUGUUAUAUGAACUAUUUGCUUACUUAAAUUAAGAUUAAGAACAAGUUUUUGGUGAUUGAUUGAGUUUUAGGAGAAAUUGCUUAAAGUUAGUCAUGUAUUUGAGCAGACACGCAAAGGUCACCAAAUGUAGUCUAAGACAUGAAAGAAUGAAGGUUCUUCUUUUGUGUUUUUAACUUUCAUGCUUUAUUCAAGUAAGGCGAUUUAUUUUGUACUUUUUCUUCUCUCUAUGGAUCUAAUUGGUGACCAAUGAAUAAAAGAGGAAAAUAUUACAUCUACACGUACUUUCAUCCUUUCUCAUUACACUUACACAUAUUUUCUGCUUGUCAUGUACUUUGUUGUUGUAACUUUACCAAAAAACCCUUGUACUUAAAAAAUCUUAUCUUCUUAUCUUUCCAUCUUUCUCCACCACCACAAGAUCUCCAUCUUUCCUACGACUUCACCAUCUAGCACUCCAGCUCCACCAAAAGCUGUCACUCCUAAAACACUCACAGCUGAAGAUAAUGGUUAUGGUGAUGGUUCAGAGUCUAAUUUGUUGAGGAGCCGUAAUCAACGGAAGCGUGACGCUCACCGUUAGAAUGAUGUGAGGUUCAUGAGAAACACCGCUUGUACGUAAACACAGCUAUGGGUGUGGCAAGUGAAUGACAUGAGGUUCUGGAAAUUGGAAGAAGGUAUGGUAUUGGCAGCCAGUUACAGCAAGGAAAUGAAGAUAUGACACUGUUUCAUGAGUCAAUUACUAUUUUUCCCACCAUGUGUGUAAGAGUUGGCAAAAACAACAUUUUCUUUGUGGAGUGACCACAAAAAUGGAAAGAUCCCUACCAACAGUCUGACCCUAUGGAUUUACCCGUAGCUAGUGACCACAACUUCAAGUUCUUACAUGUUCAAAUUGACUACUGACCACAACUAUGCCUACACUAGUACCCAAUGACCACAAUUGCCACACCGGCGCAGUUGGUCACCGGAAACUGCUUUAAUCCACUCCAGUUACUCACUUGUAGUUGCAGCCUCAACAACACAAUUACCGCAGCCACAAAGACUCUGACCACAUAUUCGAUGACCAAAACAAACCUACCACACCAUUCCUUUUAAAGAUAAUGUCUAUGGGUCUGGUGAUGAUGGCUCAAGAUCUGUAAUGGCGAAGGUUUUUGCCAUGUCAGAUGAAGUAAAUAUAAAAAAAAUAUCUAAAGAAAAAAGAUUAACUUGAAGAUUUGGAUGAAAUGGGCGGUGAAGGGAUCGAAGAGUUAUGAUAGCUGGAAUUUGAAGUAAGUACAAAUCUCCAAAAAAUGGUAAUGGAUUUAAAGAAAAAGAGAAAGAUGGAAAAGAAAAUUGAAUACGGAAGAAGAAACGAAGGUAGUGGAAGUAACGAUCAUUAAACUACCAGACUUAAUUAUUCUCUCUCUUCUAUAUCUCAUUUUUAUUUUUAUUUUUUUACAGGGACAUUUCAGGAACAGAAGAUCGAAAAUGUAAGUAUAAAGUACUCUUCCAAUGGAAAGUACCUGAAUAUGUUAAAAACCUAACAAAAAGUAACCUAUAAUGUAAUGCUCUCAUAAAAGAGAAUAAUGCAUUCUUUAUUAUUAUUUUUUUUUACUAUUUAUAAGGAAUACAUUUUUUUUUCAUUAUUUCUCAUUUUUUUAUUCUAGAGGAAUAUAGAACAAAUUUGUUUCUCACUAAAAUUGAUAAUUUUUUUUAUUUUUUUCAUUCCUAUAAUUUUAUUUCUCUACAUUUUUUUUCUAUUCAUUCCUAAUGUUCCUAUAAUAAUCACUAAUUUAUUUACUAUAUAAAUGUAGAUGUUAGGUAUAUCAUCAUUUUAUUAUAUUUUAUGUUCUUAAAGUUGCAUUCAUGCACUUGAUUAUUUUUUUAGUCUUGUGAAUAAUACGGCUGUUUCUCUAUUCAUUAGCACAUUUUUUCUAGAAUAUUUCAGAAGAAAUCAUGCGCUAACCUAUAACUAUGCAAACAUAUUAUAAUUUUGUAAUCUAGUGGUCCACGCGAAUGUAUGUCUCCGAUGGAAGAUCAGAAAUCCAACGGCUCAGAAUCACGCGUUUGCAAUGUUUGCUUGCAGGGGAAUCGCCACCUGGCACAUGCAAAUAUUUGUUUUUGGUAACUAUGAAUUAUGCAAAUGAUUUUCAUCGGACGUUGUGCUUAGUUGUUAUAACAGAAAAAAAAGGCGCCUAAUAAAUAAUUUAAUAUUAGCUGCCCUAGAUAAUUACUAUAUUAUGAUAAAUUAAUUAUCUUUUCGAUAAAUUAAUCGUUUGGUGACCCUAUAAAAACGGAAUUAGUUUCUUAACUUCUUUCUUUUGUAACAAUUAAUUUGUGUCAUCUAAUAUAUAUGUCCAUCAGCUUUGCUGAACUUAAUAGUUAUAUUGUUUACGUAAGCCUUUUCUAGAUCUCUCAUUGAAAAAGCUUGUAUAAAAUAAACUUGGAUAGAAUUAAUGUUCUUGCACAAUCGAAUUAAGACGCAGAUGAUCAUUUGAAUUGUUGUUGGCACCUAAUAUAAUAACAUCAUCAUUACACAAUCACGUAUUGUUUUGGUUCUCACAUAAUCACCAAAACCAACUAAAUCAUAACCAGGGUUUAUAAAAAAAGUUCAAUAAGGGUUUUGUAAUCAUUGCAGUAUAUGUAGAUGAUUUAAAUAUCAUAGGAACCUCUGGAGAAAUUUCCCAAACUGUUGAAUAUCUCAAGAAAGAAUUCGAGAUGAAAAAUCUUGGAAAAACAAAGUUUUGUUUGAGAUUGCAACUUGAGUAUAUGAAAGAUAGAAUUCUUGUGCAUCAAAAGGCACUGGAACGGGAUUAAACAUAUACUUCGUCACCUACAAGGAACGAAAGACUUGAGUCUUAUGUUUACUGACAAAUCUAAGGAAGAUUUAGUUGGUUUUGCUGAUGUAGGUUAUCUCUCUGAUCCAUAUUAUGCUAGAUCUCAGACUGGUUAUGUUUUUACACACGGUAGGACAGCUAUAUCCUGGCGGUCCAUGAAGCAGACCAUGGCAGCCACAUCCUCUAACCACGCAGAAAUAUUAGCCAUGCAUGAAGCCAGCCGUGAGAGUGUAUGGAUGAGAUCCAUGACACAGCAUAUUCGUACCACUUGUGGUAUGAUCAAAGGAAAGGAUCCACCGACCAUCCUAUACGAGGAUAACACAGCAUGCAUCGCACAGCUUAAGGAUGGAUACAUUAAAGGAGAUAGGACGAAACAUAUUCUUCCUAAGUUCUUCUUUACACACGAGCUUCAGAAGGCAGGAGAGGUCCAAGUAUUGCAAGUCCGUUCGAGUGAGAAUUCAGCCGACCUCUUCACCAAGUCACUACCAACCUCAAUGUUCAAGAAGCUCAUAUGGAAGAUAGGCAUGCGUCGACUGAAGGAUCUUCGGUGAUGCAUUCAUCAGGGGGAGUUCAUGUGUUGUACUCUUUUUCCUGUCUUGUUUUCCCUUUAACCACAUUGGGUUUUGGGUUUGUCAAGAGAAGUUUUAAUGAGGCAACAUCCAAAGCAUGAAUGAACCUUGACCGAAUGUGUCGAUCAAGGGGGAGUGUUAUAAACCAUUUAGUGAUCGACCCAUUUAUCAGCCCGUGUAGCAAGGCGGGCCAAGCCCAUCCGCAGGAUCAUACUGGCGCCUAUCUACUCUUGUGUUUAUCUACAUUAUAGUUGGUGUUUAUCUUACGUAUUGCUAGUCAUUAUCUAGUUAAGGAUAAGUACGAUCUCAUGUCGAUCCAGUACUUAGACCGUCAUUACCAUAUGUAUAUAAAAACCAGUUGGUCGACCUAAUAAUACACAAGUUCCCCUCUUCAUUCACAAAAUAGCAAGAUAACGUUAUCAGCACGACCUUGUCUCUAAACCCUUCCAAAAAUCCACCACCCAUAAAUCAGAAACCAAAUGAUCUCUUGCUAUUUUCCGGCGACUCCUAAAGCUCUUCCGGUCGCCUCCUUUUCUCUCUGUCAGCAACCAGCAGCAGCUCUCUCUCCUCACAGACCGUUCAACUCAUCACAAAAGGUUCAGGUAUCUUCAGAAAACUCAAAACAAAACAAAAAAGGAUUUAAACCCUCAGCCGCAUACAUACAGCUACAUCUAGCCGUAUGUCUUUGCAGAAUAAAAUCUUAAACCCUAAUCUAUUUUCAAAGCUUAAAUCUCGUCUUGUUUCACCCUGUUUAAGCUUGUUUGAUUUUUUUAAUCUUCCUGAUGUGAGUUAAUUGCUAGAACCUUUUAGGUUGACAAUUACAUCAAUUUUUUUAUAUAUCCGACUGCUGCAUCAACUUAAUCUGAUUGUUUGCUUGCAUUAGAAACUUGUUCUUGAAUGUUUAAAGUCUUUCUCUGAUAUGUUGAAAUCGACUAGAACCUGUCUCAAAUUUGAAAGAAUUUUUUUUAAUAUUUUUAAGAUAAAUCCGAUUUUUCUUAUAGAUAAAUCUGAAAUUUUUAAAGAUAAAUCCAAUUUUUUUUAUAAAUCCGACUGAAAACAAUAUAUAAUAUAUUUUAAUUCGAUUUUCCUAUUUUUUUUAAAAACCUUAUAUCUUUAUCUUAAAUAAAAAAAAAGAAUUUUCAGCAUUUAUCAGAAAAAUAUCGAUUUAUUUUUUUUCCUAAUCCUACUAGGAAUAGGAAUUGCUAGUAUUUAUCUGAAAAUAAAUAAAUUUCGAAUUAUUACUGAUAUACUAGCAUUAUCAAAUCAUUAUAUUUAAUCUGAUAAAUAUCAAAAACAAAUAAAAGUAAGAAAUGAUUGCAUUUUUUUUUGAAAAUGUAUACUAAUCUGAUUUCAUGCAUGGAUUUAACUUUAUCUCGAUUUUGUAUAGGUUUAACUUUACCUUCCUGCAUAUCACAUGAAAUCAUCUGAUUAGGAUAGAUCAUUCACACUGAUUAGUUUACUUUCAUGUCGAAAAUUGAUAAAACAGAUCAGAUUUCAUGCAAUGGAUUUAACUUUAUCCUAGAUGUAUAGGUUUAACUUUACCUUCCUGUAUAUACAUGAAAUCGUUUGGAUCAUUGAAAAAAAUAUUGUUAUUUACUUGCAUUGCUUGUAUCCGACUGAAAGAGUACGUGAAUGAUCCGAUUAUUUUCUUACUAAUGGGGAUAAACUACAAAUAUUUUUCAGAUGUCAAAGAUUGCGAAUCUUGAUUUCAGUGCUUUGAAAAACAAUGGUGACAACUACCUGGAAUGGGCGCUUGAUGCAAAGAUCAUGCUGCGAUCAAAAGAUCUUGGUGACACAAUCACCGAAGACAACAAUUCUAGUGACAAAGACAAGUAUAGAGCUAUCUACAUGAUACACCACCAUCUCCAAGAGAACUUGAAAACUCAGUACAUGACCAUGGAAAAUCCAUAUGACCUUUGGAUCGCUUUACAGCGAAGAUAUGACCACCAGAAAACGGUGUUGCUUCCAAAGGCUCAAUAUGAUUGGAAACACACAAGUUGAAGAUAAUGGUUAUGGUGAUAGUUCAGAGUCUAAUUUGUUGAGGAGCCGUAAUCAAUGGAAGCGUGACGCUCACCGUUAGAAUGAUGUGGGGUUCUUGAGAAACACCGCUUGUACGUAAACACAGCUAUGGGUGUGGCAAGUGAAUGACAUGAGGUUCUGGAAAUUGGAAGAAGGUAUGGUAUUGGCAGCCAGUUACAGCAAGGAAAUGAAGAUAUGACACCGUUUCAUGAGUCAAUUACUAUUUUCCCCACCAUGUGUAUAAGAGUUGGCAAAAACAACAUUUUCUUUGUGGAGUGACCACAAAAAUGGAAAGAUCCCUACCAACAGUCUGACCCUAUGGAUUUACCCGUAGCUAGUGACCACAACUUCAAGUUCUUACAUGUUCAAAUUGACUACUGACCACAACUAUGCCUACACUAGUACCCAAUGACCACAAUUGCCACACCGGCGCAGUUGGUCACAGGAAACGGCUUUAAUCCACUCCAGUUACUCACUUGUAGUUGCAGCCUCAACAACACAAUUACCGCAGCCACAAAGACUCUGACCACAUAUUCGAUGACCAAAACAAACCUACCACACCAUUCCUUUUAAAAAUAAUGUCUAUGGGUCCGGUGAUGAUGGCUCAAGAUCUGUAAUGGCGAAGGUUUUUGCAAUGUCAGAUGAAGUAAAUAUAAAAAAAAUAUCUAAAGAAAAAAGAUUAACUUGAAGAUUUGGAUGAAAUGGGCUACGAAGGGAUCGAAGAGUUAUGAUAGCUGGAAUUUGAAGUAAGUACAAAUCUCCAAAAAAUGGUAAUGAAUUUAAAGAAAAAGAGAAAGAUGGAAAAAAAAAUUGAAUACGGAAGAAGAAACGAAGGUGGUGGAAGUAACGAUCAUUAAACUACCAGACUUAAUUUUUCUCUCUCUCUUCUAUAUCUCAUUUUUAUUUUUAUUUUUUUACAGGGACAUUUCAGGAACAAAAGAUCGAAAAUGUAAGUAUAAAGUACUCUUCCAAUGGAAAGUACCUGAAUAAGUUAAAAACCUAACAAAAAGUAACCUAUAAUGUAAUGCUCUCAUAAAAGAGAAUAAUGCAUUCUUUAUUAUUCUUUUUUUUUUACUAUUUAUAAGGAAUACAUUUUUUUUUCAUUAUUUCUCAUUUUUUUAUUCUAGAGGAAUAUAUAACAAAUUUGUUUCUCACUAAAAUUGAUAAUUUUUUUUUAUUUUUUUCAUUCCUAUAAUUUUAUUUCUCUACAUUUUUUUUCUAUUCAUUCCUAAUGUUCCUAUAAUAAUCACUAAUUUAUUUACUAUAUAAAUGUAGAUGUUAGGUAUAUCAUCAUUUUAUUAUAUUUUAUGUUCUUAAAGUUGCAUUCAUGCACUUGAUUAUUUUUUUAGUUUUGUGAAUAAUACGGCUGUUUCUCUAUUCAUUAGCACAUUUUUUCUAGAAUAUUUCAGAUGAAAUCAUGCGCUAACCUAUAACUAUGCAAACAUAUUAUAAUUUUGUAAUCUAGUGGUCCACGCGAAUGUAUGUCUCCGAUGGAAGAUCAGAAAUCCAACGGCUCAGAAUCACGCGUUUGCAAUGUUUGCUUGCAGGGGAAUCGCCACCUGGCACAUGCAAAUAUUUGUUUUUGGUAACUAUGAAUUAUGCAAAUGAUUUUCAUAGGACGUUGUGCUUAGUUGUUAUAACAGAAAAAAAGGCGCCUAAUAAAUAAUUUAAUAUUAGCUGCCCUAGAUAAUUACUAUAUUAUGAUAAAUUAAUUAUCUUUUCGAUAAAUUAAUCGUUUGGUGACCCUAUAAAAACGGAAUUAGUUUCUUAACUUCUUUCUUUUGUAACAAUUAAUUUGUGUCAUCUAAUAUAUAUGUCCAUCAGCUUUGCUGAACUUAAUAGUUAUAUUGUUUACGUAAGCCUUUUCUAGAUCUCUCAUUGAAAAAGCUUGUAUAAAAUAAACUUGGAUAGAAUUAAUGUUCUUGCACAAUCGAAUUAAGACGCAGAUGAUCAUUUGAAUUGUUGUUGGCACCUAAUAUAAUAACAUCAUCAUUACACAAUCACGUAUUGUUUUGGUUCUCACAUAAUACAAGAUAUUUUAUACUGCAUAAUCAGCAAAACCAACUAAAUCAUAACCAGGGUUCAUAAAGAAGUUCAAUAAAGGUUUUGUAAUCAUUGCAGUAUAUGUAGAUGAUUUUAAUAUCCUAGGAACCUCUGGAGAAAUUUCUCAAACUGUUGAAUAUCUUAAGAAAGAAUUCGAGAUGAAAGAUCUUGGAAAAACAAAGUUUUGUUUGAGAUUGCAACUUGAGUAUAUGAAAGAUGGAAUUCUUGUGCAUCAAAAGGCACUGGAACAGGAUUAAACAUAUACUUCGUUACCUACAAGGAACGAAAGACUUGGGUCUUAUGUUUACUGACAAAUCUAAGAAAUAUUUAGUUAAGGAAGAUUUAGUUGGUUUUGCUGAUGCAGGUUAUCUCUCUGAUCCACAUUAUGCUAGAUCUCAGACUGGUUAUGUUUUUACACACGGUGGGACAGCUAUAUCCUGGCGGUCCAUGAAGCAGACCAUGGCAGCCACAUCCUCUAACCACGCAGAAAUAUUAGCCAUGCAUGAAGCUAGCCGUGAGAGUGUAUGGAUGAGAUCCAUGACACAACAUAUUCGUACCAUUUGCGGUAUGAUCAAAGGAAAGGAUCCACCGACCAUCCUAUACGAGGAUAACACAACAUGCAUCGCACAGCUUAAGGAUGGAUACAUUAAAGGAGAUAGGACGAAACAUAUUCUUCCUAAGUUCUUCUUUACACACGAGCUUCAGAAGGCAGGAGAGGUCCAAGUAUUGCAAGUCCGUUCGAGUGAGAAUUCAGCCGACCUCUUCACCAAGUCACUACCAACCUCAACGUUCAAGAAGCUCAUAUGGAAGAUAGGCAUGCGUCGACUGAAGGAUCUUCGGUGAUGCAUUCAUCAGGGAGAGUUCAUGUGUUGUACUCUUUUUCCUGUCUUGUUUUCCUUUUUACCACAUUGGGUUUUGGGUUUGUCAAGAGAAGUUUUAAUGAGGCAACAUCCAAAACAUGAAUGAACCUUGACCGGAUGUGUCGAUCAAGGGGGAGUGUUAUAAACCAUUUAGUGAUCGACCCAUUUAUCAGUCCGUGUAGCAAGGCGGGCCAAGCCCAUCCGCAGGAUCAUACUGGCGCCUAUCUACUCUUGUGUUUAUCUACAUUAUAGUUGGUGUUUAUCUUACGUAUUGCUAGUCAUUAUCUAGUUAAGGAUAAGUACGAUCUCAUGUCGAUCCAGUACUUAGACCGUCAUUGCCAUAUGUAUAUAAAGACCAGUUGGUCGACCUAAUAAUACACACAAGUUCCCCUCUUCAUUCACAACGCGUUAUCAGCAAGGUAAUGACGGUCUAAGUACUGGAUCGACAUGAGAUCGUACUUAUCCUUAGCUAGAUAAUGACUAGCAAUACGUAAGAUAAACACCAACUAUAAUGUAGAUAAACACAAGGGUAGAUAGGCGCCAGUAUGAUCCUGCGGAUGAGCUUGGUCCGUCUUGCUACACGGGCUGAUAAAUGGGUCGAUAACUAAAUGGUUUAUAACAGCUGAACUUAAUAGUUAUAUUGUUUACGUAAGCCUUUUCUAGAUCUCUCAUUGAAAAAGCUUGUAUAAAAUAAUCUUGGAUAGAAUUAAUGUUCUUGCACAAUCGAAUUAAGACGCAGAUGAUCAUUUGAAUUGUUGUUGGCACCUAAUAUAAUAACAUCAUUAUUACACAAUCACGUAUUGUUUUGGUUCUCACAUAAUACAAGAUAUUUUAUAGUACAUAAUAAUGUUUAUAUUUUUACAAUUAAAGCCUACAUUACGAUGUGGUAUUUUAUUUUGAACAGCGUGAUAUAUUUAUUUAUACAUGCAAAUCGCAUAAUAUAAGUUUCAUUUCGUAUGAUAUAUAUUAGUAGUAAUGUUUAAUAAUUUAGUUUUGACAGACAACUUGAGGUAAUCACGAACACCAUCCUCCCACGUAAAGUCCAACUAAUAAUAUAAGUUAUUUAUUUUUGUGUGUUUUUUCGUUGACCUUAUAAACUCUAAAAAUAUAUUCUAAAACUCCAUUGCUUACGGGUCACUUCUCAAUUUUCUUUGCUUUUCUUGUUUGACCGCGAUUUACACAUACACAAAUGUGCUCACCGACACAUAUGAUAUAAAAUAUAAUGAACAUAAAUACAUGAAUAUAGAUACAUAUGCAUAUAUAUACAACUCAAAUCCUAAACCUUCUAAUAAUCCAAACUCUAUAAAACCCUAGCUAGUUGCUAAAUAAGUGUCUCGUCCUGCGCCUUCUUUCUCCGAACACUAUAUGAAUCUUUCUUAUAAAACAAUAUUGUUUGUAAGUGUUUAUUUCGUUAUGAUCCUCUUGGUUUUUAGCUCACGCAACGCUGCGGCAAGGAUGGGAACAAUUACGGUUUCUGAAAUUGAGAUAGCUCAAACAAGAUCAAGAACACCAAGACAUGAGUUCACGGAGGGUUUUAGAUUCAAAAAUCGUGAGUUGCACUUUUUGUCCAAACGGGUGCUUGUACCACCUUCGGGACCUUCCAACAGGCACAAUUCUGUGGUGAAUGAUCUCAAACACUAGUUGGUCUAUUUGAUGUUUAGUUAUUUUUUUUUGACAAUCAUAAUAUAUAUAUUUAGAAGAUUCUUCAUAUUGUUUUUGACUGGUUUUGAUCCUUUUAGUAUAUGUUUUUUUGUUUUUUAUAUCUCAUUUGAUUUCAUUCACAUUUGUAAUAUCUCAUUGGAAAAUAAACGUAUAUUAUAUGUA